AUGAUACUAAGCCUUCUCAACAUUGUUUGUUUGGAGAUUGCAUUCACCCUUCUCCUGUGCUCAGUAGCUGCUCAUCCUAAAGCAGUUGACUUACGAUACUGCUACAUGUGUUGGGAUGCAGCUGGCCAACCAGAGGAACACCCUCCCAACUCCUACUUGAAGUUUUGUGAAGGGUGUGGGCGAUUUGCAUUUGUUGGUUUGAAGACAUGCCCCCAAGACCACCACCAGGCUCGUGCAACAUACUACGAACGUGCCCCAUCAGUUGACCCAGCCCGGCUUCCCAUUCCUCCUGCUGCAUCUGUGCCCUAA